ACAGAGAGUUCUGUGAGAUGUUGAAAGCUUAAGAUAUGGUUUUGAAACCUGAUCCUGCAUUAAACGUCUCCGUAACUGACCCAUCUCUCUUUCUCUUGCAGUCUGUUAACAACUGAGGCAUUACAUGAAGAAGGUGGAAGUUUGCAGUGAAUUUAUUGUGAAAUUUACAUUCACACAGCGGUAGCUUUUGAUGUUAAUUGGUUGCAUUUGAAUUAACUUUGGGGUAUAAAAGUCAAGGGUGUCAAACGCAAGCCAGUAAAACUAAGUUUGAGGUUGCAAUGUUUUAACACACAACAGUUUUUGCCAGACACUAUUAUUUAUGCAAAAACAUUUUUAUAAAAUCAUCCCCAAUAUCAACUUCAGAAAAUGAAAAUAUUUAAGGAGCUUUAAACUCAGAACGUCUUUAGUCUAUGAUAAGUUGGAUUGACCCUCAUUUAAAGACUAAAAGGGUCUGGAUUGGAUCCCCGACUCUCCACGCCUUAUGGGUAGUGGUCGUGCUGGAUAUAAAUAGGAGUGCACCCUGCUGUAAAUCAGUUGGACGAAGUCGAGAUGGUUUCGUUAGUGUGGAAGGUGGUGGUGGUCUUUGGUAUCCUGGCGGUGGGAUCUCAGGGCUCUCUCCCACAGCCCCGGUCACAGCGUCGGGUGUCUCCAGUGCGCUAUGACCGAUCAGAGAACUUAGCAUCGUCUGUAGAGGCGCAGAGUGAGGAACGCUUUCAGGAGGUCCGGCGGGGUGACCAGAGAAGAGUCCUGCUGCAGCGGGGCGCGCGGAAAGAUGCCGACAUCUACCUGAGGCACGAGGGACUGAGAGAUGACGCAGCAACAAGAACUAAUUGCAAAAAUCGCCCUAUUGACCUGGUUUUCAUCAUAGACAGUUCCCGCAGUGUGCGCCCUGCUGAGUUUAAAAAGGCCAAGGAGUUCCUGCAGGCCAUGGUGGACAGCCUGGUUAUUGGCAGAGAUGCCACUCGUGUCGGCCUCGUUAAUUAUGCGAGCACAGUCAAAAUUGAGUUUCUCCUCAACACUUUUUUUGACAAAUCCUCUGUGAUGCAGGCACUCGGCCAAGUUGAGCCCUUAGCUUCAGGCACCAUGACAGGCAUGGCCAUCAGGACCGCCAUGGAGAAAGCCUUCACCAAGGAGGCCGGGGCCCGAUCCGCUUCCAUGAACAUUGCUAAGGUGGCUAUUAUAGUGACUGAUGGGAGACCUCAGGACAAGGUGGAGGAGGUGUCAGCCACAGCCAGAGCAUCUGGGAUUGAAAUCUAUGCAGUGGGAGUUGACAGAGCUGAUAUGGCUUCCCUGAAACUUAUGGCCAGCCAGCCACAUGAUGACCAUGUCUUCUAUGUGGAGACCUAUGGUGUGAUCGAGAAGCUUACGUCUAAGUUUAGGGAAACUUUGUGUGGUUUGGAUCCAUGUGAUCAAGGACACAACUGUCAGCAUAUUUGUGUCAACAGUGGUGACUCGUACAUCUGCAAGUGUCGCCCUGGCUACAUCCUGAAUCCAGACAAGAAAACAUGCUCACGUGCAGAUGCUUGUACCCAGGGACAUGACUGCCAGCAUAUUUGUGUCAACACCCGUGACUCGUACAUGUGCCAGUGUAGAACUGGAUACGUGUUGAACACAGACAAGAAAACAUGCUCACGUAUGGAUUCAUGUUCUUCAGAACAUAACUGCCAACAUAUUUGUGUCAAAAGUGGAGAUUCUUAUGUUUGCAUGUGUCGCAAAGGAUAUUUGUUGAACGCAGACAACAAAACAUGCUCACGUUCUGAUCCAUGUGCCCUUGGACACGAUUGCCAUCAUAUUUGUGAAAAUAGUGAUGCAUCAUAUGUCUGCAAGUGUCGGGCGGGAUAUGUGUUAAAUACAGACCAGAAAACAUGCUCACGUAAGACAAAGCUAUGAUAUUUGUGUCUCAAAAAGUUAUUUGUGAGAUGGAAUAUUGAUUCUUACAUUUAGUGUCAAGUAUAUUGUCCUCCCUCUCACGGCUUUUCUCACUGUUUUUGGAAAUG